GGUGAUCAGUUUUCGAACUUAGCCUAGAUGUUUGAUUUAAAAUCCACAUGGCACAUGGCACGUGGUAUAUACAUAGUAGUAAAUGUGUUGAUAAAAUCUUUAAAAAAAAGGAUUGUGAGAUGAAUUUCAACGAUAAUCAAUGUUCUGAAGAAAAAACUCAAGUAGAAAUAUCAAAUACUUUAGAGCCGAUAGCAGAGCCUUUGAUAACAAUUCCUGAAGAAAAUGGUAAAAUAUCUUCUCUUAGCACUAUUGCUUUGGAAUAUAAUUCUAAUUCGGAUGUGGAGGAGGUAGAAACAGACAUUGACAAAACUGAAAAUCAAAAUACUACACCAAUUGUUAACAAAGAAAAUGAAAAGAAAGAGAUUGAAAGCAAACAGAUCUUGCAACAGUAUCGUACAAUUGAAGAACAUGUAUUAUCUUCUAGUGAAGAAACUGACAGCGAAGAUGAUUCUAGUAGCAGUUGCGAUAGCAGUAGUAGCAGCAGCAGCAGUAGCACUAAUAACGACAGUAGCAACAGUGACAGUGAUUCGGAUGAUACUAGUACCAAUAAUAACAAAAAGAACAAAGGAAAUAGAGCUAGCAUAACAAAAAAGAAAAAACAAAUAGAAAACGAAUUUGAUGAUCUUCCGCCAAUAGAAGAUUUAAAGAUCAGUGUUCCUGAAGUCUUAUGUGAUCCUCUGGGCGAGAUUGAUAAGGUGGUGGAACAAUUGGUAAUUGUAAAACCGAAACCGGGUAAGCCUACGCUCCACAUCGAUACAGUUUUAUUUAUAGAGAAAGGAGAAAGAGCGCUCGGUAAGAUAUUAGAUGUGUUUGGCCCUGUAAGCGAACCAAAUUACUGCAUUCGCUUCAAUAGCCCUGAACACAUACAAGAAAGCAAUAUUAAAGUGGGCAUGACGGUUUAUUAUUGUCCAAAUACACAAUACACAUCACUCAUCUUUCUACAUGAAUUACACAAAAUGAAAAGUUAUGACGCGAUGGUCGAUGACGAACCGGCAUUUUCGGACGACGAGGAAGAGCGAGCUUACUACGAAAUGCUGAAGCAGAAAAAUAACAAAGACAAUUCCGAUGGCAGCACAUCACGAAAACGGCAACGUACAUCGAGUUUUACUCAAAAUAGACCAACAGCUGAAUGGCAAUCAAAUCAUCCAUGGAACAGAAAUGGUAAAUUUCAGAGAAAUCAGGAAAGACAGCAGGCAUUGAGAAAUAGUCACUUUAAUCCAGCACAGUAUGGACCAUAUUCCUAUAACGAUUCUUGGAUGCAAAAUAACAUGCAUUGGUCGCCUGUUCCAAGAAAUAUGCAUCCUAUGUUCAACAGAUCAAACGCGGAGUACAGGCCACCGUUCAAUGAAUCAGGUUUGCCGCAAUAUGGCAAUUACAAUUCGAAUAGCUCUGGUGACGGGAAACAAUAUUUUGAAGAUGCUAAUCGAUCGAAUUCUCAACGCAAUAACAUGCAAUAUUCUAGAAUUCCGUUUGGUGCUCCUCCGAGAUUCAAUCCUAUGUUCCCAUCCUUUCCGAUGACCUAUCCUCAACCUCCCAAUGCAUCAUUUUCAUAUAUGGAUAUGUCUUGUCCGAUUUCUGUGCGACCACAAACGAAUGCACUUUGGCCGUCUUUACCACCUUCUUCGACAGAUUCGAAAACCAUUGAUUGAAAUUAAUAUUAAUUUAAUUUAAGUAGUAUUGUCUUUAUAUUCUUUCUACAUUCGCAUAAACUUAGAUCAAUUUUUAAAUGGUUGUAAAUAAAAGAACAAGUUUAUGUAUAGGUAUUCUGUGAUAAAUAUGGAAAUUAAAAAAAUAAUUACA